AUGACUAGAGGAUUCGCAGCCAUCACGCCCGAGUGCGAGGCCACCUUUGACGCCGUCAAGGAGACCGACAGCCUCAACUACGUCAUCUACGAGGCUUCUGCACACGACAAGAAGAUCUCCGUCGCCGAGUCUGGCAAAUACACAGACUACGCCGAAUUCCUCACUCAUUUCAAGGAUGAUACCCCCCGGUACGCGGUGGUUGAGUUGGAAUAUGCAUUUCCGGGCGGUGAUAAGCCACGACACAAACUAGUCUUCAUCACAUGGGUUCCGGAGGGAUCGAAUCUCCAUGACAAGGCCUACUACACCACAAACAAGGAUCACCUUUAUCGCGCACUUUCGGAUAUUAGCCUUCAUAUUCAGGCGGCCACUCAGGCGGACCUGGCUCAUGCCAAGAUCCUGAGCCAAUUCAAGGCGCUUUGA